AUGGGCACUUUGUUCGGAAGGAAGUGGGGACCGCCCGUUGAUCCACCAGACGGAGGAUGGGCGUGGAUGGUCGCCCUGGCUGGUUUUGUUGUGAGCGCAUGCUCGUACGGAGUGUUACGGUCCGUGGGAGUGUUCUUUGUGACUUGGCAGGACUACUUUUCUAUGAAAGCCGCUGAAACUGGUCUCAUACAGUCCAUAAUCACCGGCGUCCUGAACCUGGCAGCACCAAUCGCUGGAGCUCUGAGCAACAGGUUUGGGUGCAGAGUUGUGGUCAUGGUUGGCGGAGUGAUAUCCUCAGCAGGAUUCGUGCUCAGCCUGUGGGCCUCGUCACCCUUGCAUCUCUACGUUACCGUUGGGUUUCUGACAGGGUUUGGAUACUCCCUGUCCGUGACCACUACCAUGGCAACAAUAGGACGAUAUUUUACCACUCACAGACUUCGCGCCAACAGUUUGGCGUCCAUAGGUGGCAGCUUUGUAUCUUUUGCGUUCCCUCCGUUGUUUCAGUACCUGAUGGACGAGUACACCUGGAGGGGUGCUUUAGUUCUUAUCGGAGGGAUUGUUCUUCAGGUAGUGGGGUUUGGGGCAUUGGUAAGACCCAUUUUGCUGAAAGGUGACGCCAGGUUGCAAAAGAAUCUAGGAAAGGUCCAACAACCUUCAGCACAAAGUAGCAGAUUUUUAGAGAACAAUACAGGGAAGUACUCUUUAACCAAAGUUAUGGUGGACAAAAUAGGUUCUGUCUUAGACAUCAGGCUGCUGACAGAACCACGUUUUUCACUAUUUUGUGUGGCUGUUUUUCUGUUCGGAUUCGGUCGAUUCGUUCCUAAUAUCUACAUCGUUCCACGAGCUCGGGCUUUCGGUGUCGAAGAAUAUCCGUCAGCCUUUCUGCUGUCCAUCCUCGCUAUAGGAGAUAUCGUUGGCCGGGCGUUAGUAGGUCUUCUGCCGGAGUGGCCGACGUUUAGACGUGCGGAUCAGUUCGCUAUGAACAUUUUCCUUAUGGGAGUGGCCACCUUAUUCGCGCCUCUUGCAAAAACCUACGUCACCAUGGCAGUGUACAGUGCGUGCUAUGGUUUACUCAUGGGCGGUUGCGUGCCGCUCUUGUACACUGCUAUUGCAGAAAUCGGGGGAGCCAACAGGAUGUCGAGUGCUCUUGGGAUCAUCAUGUUCUUACGAGGGGCAGGGAACCUCGCAGGACCCCCUUUCUCGGGUUAG